AUCACAAACAUAGUUUCGUUCAGUUUCUUUUCAUAUAAACAUGGGAAUAAGCCCACAAUGCUGGCCAAUCAAGAAUAAGACAUUCGUGUUUUUUUGCCGGGGCAUACACGAAAGAAGAUCAAAGAAAAAGACUCUUUCAACAUAUAAUACUCUUCCCCAUUACCACAAUCAGGACGAAAACCACAAGUACGCCUUUUUCCAUGUGGAAAACGAUUCUCGAGCUUUCUUCAUUACGAUUGGGAGAAGCCGGCUAAACCAUCUGGAUUGGUUUCAAGUGGAUAAAUGGGGCAAAUUCAUUCGGAAUGGGACAUCAGUCUACGAUUACUACACGGGUUUCGAGUGCGUGUACAAUAGGAUUCAUUUCCUGGAGAGGCUGCUCAAAGAAUGCUUUGCUAAGCAAAAUUUCACGCAAGGGAACAUCACGAAUCCCGAGUUGAUGGUUCUACACUUCCCGGAAACGAAGGCACCAACCUACCAUACGGUAUCCAUAGGAGACAACACCCGGUGCUUGAACUGGGUUAUCUGCCUGCUGGGAUUGGUUAUACUUCUCUGCUGCCUGAAAUAAAGCCACAUGCAGAACACAAGCCUUAACAUUUCAUGUAUUUUGCGUUUUUAUUGAGUUUUUAUAUGUAUAAAACAAUAUCUACUCUUUCUUUUAUUGCUGGCUUUGUAUUCUUUUAUCUUGGCUUUCGUUUUCAAUUCUGUAUAGCCAUAAUUUUAAAACCAAUUCACUUCAUACAAAUAUUCAUUGAUUAAAUCGGUCAGCUAAUCAAUUAUCUGCAGGAUUUCCCCAUAUUAUCGUUGGUGUUCACUUCUCGAAAGCUGCGCUGACCAGUGUAACGACUUAAGUUUAACCAUUGGCUUAACGGACAUUUUAAAAACCAAGGUGCUGUUUGUUUUUAGUGUAGUUUUAUCGGAUUUUAAGCAGCUCUGCUUGUAAAUUUAACUCAUAGUUAUUAUUUAUUUUUUUGUUUCGUUGCGAAACAUUCCUCACAGUUUUACAAACAAACGAAAGCGAUAGUUUCCACUUCAAUACUUCAGUUUCAGUGCAACUUUGAUUGCUUCUGUAGGAAUCCAUUGCAUGUAUAGUUUAAAUUAAUUGGACGCUGUCGUUAUUAUUAGCAAAUGUUCAAAACUUUAACCAAACUCAAAACGAGGCCGUUGGCAACUUUUCUUGGCAGCAGCGUUUUGAGCUAAAAUUAUGAACAAUCAUUUAUGAUGUUUUAUUUAUUAUGUCUGCAUUUAACUUUAUUUUUUGUGGUCAGUUUGAUUUUUCGUUUAUUUUGUUUUUGUGUUUUUUGGAAGUUUUUCGCACAAGUUGAGUUGCUGUUGGUUGGAAAAAUAGAAGUAUCGGUGUGUAUGCAGCAUUGCACUUGACAUUGAUUUCGUGGGACGUAAACAAAUAAGGACUGUGGAAAAUGUUACUCCUCUGGCGACCUUAUCAGUAGAUUGAAGUGGUUGUUGAUGGCACAGCGUCAUUUGAUAGAUAGAUUUCUUCAGGUGCAUUUACAUUUACAUUUUAUAUCACAAUUUUUUAAAUAUUAUAGGUGUAUGUAUUUAACAAAAUUGGUUUGCAUGUUAUUCUUUCAUUUACGCCCAUCAAAACAUGUUGAGCAACUUGCAAUGUCAAGAGUGUGUUCGAUUUUUGCCCAGUGUAGUUGGCCUUAGUGUGUGUGGAUGUCAGUGUAGAGGAGUGUUGGGUCUUAAUUAAAUAUAUGUUUCAGUAUUUUUUGAAAUAAUUAACUGUACGCAGGUAAACUAUUUCCAAGCAAUUGGCAUAUACACGUACAAAACUAUAAACUGUAAUAAAAAUUACUUUUAUAUUGCAGCUUAUCUUGUCUACAUGUCAAUUUCUUCGAAAUAACUUACUAGUGUUUAAUUUUUUAAGUGUAAAUUCCGAUUCCAACUAAUUGGCGAGCCACUCGAAAUUUUGACAAUUCAAUUAACUUUGUAAAAUCAACUUAUUGUUGCUGCCCGCUUAUCCUUUCCUAUAACAAUUUUUGUCAUGAGAAAUAAAAACAUACUAUACAAAUAUUAACAAUUUUCAUAUGUUGUACAUGUUGGUAUUUGGAACGGGCGUUCUAAAAUUAUCAUCAUUUUGACUCAAGAGGCAUGAACAAAUUUUUAAGAGUACUUAGUAUUUAAGCAAUUUCACCAAAACAGAAAAGUCGUAAGUGUUUUAUGCAUCUCUUGACCAAACACUUUUCGUAUUCGUUUUUAUUUUUCAUAAUAAAAAAUUAUACUGCAAUAUAAAUUACAAUUUUUCGAAUCUUUUUUAUAAAAAAAGGUAUUUGUUUUCUGUUGUUUUCAUCUCGAACGACUGUUUGGCUUGCUUCAAAACAGCGUAGACAAUUGCCACUCUCAAUUUCCCUCGGUUUCAGUUUUUUUCACUCUGCAGUCCCUUUCUCCUACCACAAGUAUUCAUCAUUUUAUUAUUAUCGUUUUUUUUUUUUUGUUU